AUGGUGCGGGUGUGCACUUUUGAAGGUUGCAAAACUAGCGCACGCUUCAACCAUGUUGGAGAGAAAAAAGGAAAGUUCUGUAGCAAGCACAAGGAGGCAGGCAUGAUAGACAUCGUGCACCCACACUGCAAGGUGGACGGGUGUACCACGCUAGCUUCAUUCAAUAUCUCAGGACAGUCCAGAGGAGAAUUCUGCAGUCAGCACAAACUGGUGCAGAACACUUCACUACCAAGACUUUCUGCUUGCCUGACCAGAAACAGUGUCUUUAAUUUGCAUCGGAGCUAUUUGAGCGAAUCAUUGCAUGAAGGUAUGGUCAACGUGAAGCACAGGCAGUGUGCAGAGCCGGGAUGCAGCACACGACCAGCAUUCAACUGGAAGGGCGAGGAGAAAGGCCAGUUCUGCAACAAGCACAAGGAGAAGGGGAUGGUCAAUGUGGACCGGAAGGAGCCACGGCCUGGGCCAGGGGCCAAACAGCCUUUUGCACCUGCACUGGAACGCACACCGCCACUGAUGCAUGGCCUCAUAGGGAUUUCCAAUAAAGAUGAAGGGGAGGAGGGUUCAGAGGCGCCCAGGAAACGAGGGAAGGCAUCGCAUCCAAUGCAGACAGGGGCGCCGGGGGAGCAGCAGCAGCAGCAGCAGCAGCAACAGCAGCAUCCAGACUACGAGAACGUGGCUCGCCUUGCUCAGCUGCCAGACAUGGCGACACUGGCGUCAGCGGACGCGAAUGGAUUUGUGGGGAUGCAUGCUUUGCCCUACGCACACCUGGCGCAGAGCUAUGCUGCUGUCCAGAGCAUACCCCUGGUGGGGGACCAAACCCACAGCCUGGGUCUCCCCCACCAAAUCGGGGGGCACCUGCAGCAGCACCAGCUGGAGAACAACGCUGCAGUGCCCCACUCGCAUGGGGUUGUGACCGUUGCAGACAUGUCACAGGAGAGAAGCCCUGUAGUUCAUUGCUCGGAUCCGAGAUUACCCUUUGGUGAUCUGGAUGCCUACCAUUCCCGAGCACCUAUGCAGGCUGGUGUGUCGCAGGGCAAGCCCAGCUUUGCGGUAGCUUCACCGUCUGGCACACUAGGCCACGUCAUGUUGUCGCACGUGAUAAAAUUCGCGCGUGAGGUGAUGCACCCGCCGGCGCCGGGCCUGUCGGAGGACGUGCACGCCAAGCUGUGCAGGUACAUAGACCUGUUCACGGUGUGGGAUGAGAGCAAGCGGGUGGAGCAAUAUUCCAUGCUGCACUUCGACUGGUCAGUCGCCAAGGACAACAAGGUCCAGACUGUUUGUGGCAAGUGGUGGCAAGUCAUGUGA